AGAAAUUGAUAGCCGUUCGGUUAAUAGGACCAUCAGCUUUCAAUGGUACUGGUCGUGUGGAAGUGUACUACAUUGGACGAUGGGGAACAAUCUGUCAUAAUUAUUGGGACAUAAACGAUGCUAGGGUUGUAUGUCGUCAACUUGGUUAUCCAUAUGUUGUUAGAUUUCUUUGGGGGUACCAAGUACCUGAUGGUACUGGACAGAUAUGGUUAGAUAAUGUCAGAUGUAAUGGAAAUGAGCAGAGUCUAAUUAAUUGUUCUCAUAAUGGAUGGGGAAAUAAUAAUUGUGGGCAUCAUCAAGACGCAGGAGUAGAAUGUUCUUCAG